AUGUCGUUACCUUAUGGACCACCAGUACAAGUUUCACCUUUUAUAAGAGCUGCAAGAUAUGCUCUAUUAGCUGUUGGUAUUGUCUACGGUUUUAGUAAACAAAUGCUGUAUGGCAAAAUGGAGGCUCAAUGGAGAGAAGAAGAAGCAGAAAGACAAAAAAAACGAGACAUAGAAAAUGCUAAACUGAAAGCAAAAAUUGCUGCUGAGGAGAGGGAAACGGUACGACAAAUGGAAUCUGGAGAACUUUUCAAGCCUGGAAGACUUUAA